AGGCAUCCUCACGCUAUACACUACCUGACAAAUAAGCAUAUGCUUUUGUUUAUUAAUUUCUAAUCGUUUAUUGUUAAGAAUGAACAAGCCGCAAAGUAAUUUAUCACUUAAUUUAAAUUGUAUAUUUUUAAAUUCUUUUCAAAUAUCAUAACUUUUGAACUCAGGCCGUGCUAAUAUCUCUUUGAAAUGCCACUAAUCACCGAGGAGGUGUGCUGAUUUCUUAUCUACUUAAAUUUUCAAUUCCUUAGAAAAUAUGGAGGAAUCAGAAAAUGAAGUAAUAUCUCGCGACCCUAGUGUCAGCGAAACUCAAUCAACAGCUGACAAUCAAACUAAUGGCUGUUUUCUUUUCGCUCUUUGCAAUCCCCGGAGAGGGGCUCACAGAUACUUCGCCUUAAUAUUCAUGUGUUUUCUUGGCUUCGGAAGUUACUUCUGCUAUGACAUUCCUGGUGCUUUACAAGAUCAAAUAAUGCGUGAUAUGAAAGUAUCUACCUUCCAAUAUACCAAUUUGUACGCUUGGUAUUCGUGGCCCAAUGUUAUAUUAUGUUUUUUCGGCGGCUUUCUGAUCGACAAAGUUUUUGGUAUUAGGUUAGGCGCUAUCAUAUUCAGUAUAUUUAUUCUGGUGGGUCAACUUGUCUUUGCCUUGGGUGCUACUGUCGACAGAUACUGGCUGAUGGAAAUGGGAAGAUUCAUCUUUGGCAUUGGUGGCGAAUCUCUUGCAGUUGCUCAGAAUACAUAUGCAGUUAGUUGGUUUAAAGGCAAAGAAUUAAAUAUGGUGUUUGGAAUGCAGCUUAGCUUUGCCAGGGUCGGUAGUGCCGUCAAUUUCAACGUAACACCUGCCAUAUACAAGGAAAUGGCUAAACACUAUUCGUCUGGUUACGAGGUUUUGGGCGCCACUUUAUUCAUCGGUGCUUCGACUUGUGUCUUGUCGUUGAUCUGCGCUUUCAUUAUGGGUUUCUUUGAUUGGCGUGCAGAAAGAAUUCUCAAUAAGGCUGCUGGCAAAACUGGAGAAGUUGUACAAUUACGAGAUAUCAAGGACUUCCCCCUUACAUUUUGGGUUAUCACAAUUAUAUGUGUCGCUUAUUAUUCUGCCAUAUUCCCUUUCAUCGGUCUCGGAAGUGUGUUUUUUGCGAGGAAAUACGAUCUCGAUCCCGAGACUGCCAAUUCCGUCGACAGCGUCGUAUACUUAAUUUCUGCAGUGGCUUCGCCUCUAUUGGGUUUGUUAGUCGAUAAAACUGGCCGUAAUCUGACGUGGGUGUUUAUUUCUGUAGUCCUGACACUCGUCUGUCAUCUCAUGUUGGGUUUCACCUUCAUCAACCCGUGGAUACCGAUGGUCAUAAUCGGUCUGACCUAUUCUCUUUUGGCCUGUGGACUUUGGCCAAUGGUUGCUUUGGAGGUGCCACAACAUCAGCUGGGAACUGCCUAUGGAAUUAUGCAGUCGGUACAAAAUCUUGGCCUGGCCGUUGUGGCCAUAGCUGCUGGAGCUAUUGUUGAUUAUAAAGGCUACGUUUUCUUAGAAAUAUUUUUUGCGUACUUUGUGAUUGUGUCUAUUGUUGCAACUGUGGUAUUGUAUGUGUUGAAUGCCAACAGGGGUGGAAGAUUAAACUUAUCCAUAAAAGAGAGAAUCGCUAAAGAGGAUGAACUCAGACAAGCGGAGUUACUCGAGAGCCAGAGACUUUUAGCAUCUGGAUCGAUGGCUGACGUCACGCCUCACGACUUGCUGCAACCAAAAUCUGACUUUUACAUUCGAAAUAGAUUUCUUUCUAGGAUUGGUGCUAAGCUUCCUGCUCAUUAUGAUAUAACCACCUGUGCACUUAUACAUCGUACAGGACUGAAAUGAUGUCUUUUUAAAUUAUUGAGAGAUCUAUUUGUAUAUUAACUGAAUAGUAUUACAUUUAAAAGCUGCCUAAAAUGAAUAUUUACUUCAUAAUUGAAAUUUUUACAAGCAUGUUCAUCUUUUUUGUAAUUUAUAAAUAUUUAUAAAGUGACAUGUUUUAACUUGUGAUAAUUUUUUGUCUUGUUGAUGUUCGUAUAAAAUGUGACUCUUUA